CUCUCUCUCUCUCUCUCUCUCUCUCUCCACCUAAAACCAUGAAAAAAGCCUCCUCCUACCCAAACAUACUUGUGCUCUUAUUUCUAUCCAUUCUUUUCCAACCCACCUUAUCCCAAGCAAAAUGCACAUGCGAAACAGAGUACAAAGACCAAGACAGAACAGAGGCAUUCAAAUACAAGCUCAUCGCAAUAGCCUCAAUCCUAAUCUCAAGCGCCCUCGGAAUUUCCCUCCCACUUUUACUCCAAAACAUAUCGGCAUUACAACCCAACAGUGGGCCCCACUUCCUGAUCAAGGCCUUUGCUGCUGGCGUGAUCAUGGCCACCGGAUUCAUUCACAUUCUUCCCGACGCUUUCGACAGCUUAUCGAGCCCGUGCUUGGAAAACCUGUGGGGGGAUUUUCCAUUUGCUGGGCUUAUAGCGAUGAGUUCGGUGAUUGGGGCUCUGAUGAUGGAGGCUUUCGCUACCGGGUACCAUAAGAGGGCGGAGCUGAGAAAAGCUCGGCCGGUGGUUAGUGGAGACGAGGAGAGUGAUGGAGGAGGAGGAGGAAAUAGUACAGGGCAAGUUCAUAGAGCCCGUGCCCUUGUUUUGCAGCGGUCGGAUUCAUCAGAACUUAUUCGGAAUCGUGUCAUUUCCCAGGUUUUGGAGAUGGGAAUUGUGGUGCAUUCGGUGGUUAUUGGGAUAUCCAUGGGCGCUACACAAAGUCCCAAAACAAUCAAACCCCUUACUGCAGCUUUGAGUUUCCAUCAAUUCUUUGAAGGCAUGGGAUUGGGCGGAUGUAUUUCUCAGGCAAAAUACAAGAAGGGAGCAAUCACAAUAAUGAUACUAUUCUUCUCCCUCACAACUCCAACGGGGAUAGGCAUUGGAAUUGGGAUAUCAAACAUAUACAAUGAGUACAACCCAACUGCACUCAUUGUUGAAGGUGUUCUAAAUUCGGGUUCGGCUGGAAUCCUAAUCUACAUGGCUCUUGUUGAUCUUCUUGCAUCCGAUUUCAUGAACCCUAAUUUGCAAAUCAAUUUUAGGCUCCAGCUUGGAUCCAAUGUUGCCCUUCUCAUUGGAGCUUGUUCCAUGUCAAUUUUGGCCAAAUGGGGAGGAGCAUAGUUAUUUGUUGUUGUUGUUGUUUUGCUUUUCUCCGUUGUUGCAAUGUAAUCUAAAAGUGCCCCUUUAAUGGGCAAAGUUUAUGUGUCAUCAUGGAGUAUGCUUACAUCAUUUAGAUCUUGCAGGGGUCAAAAUGCUAAAAAUCUUGGGGAGUGAUUGGACUUGAUUUUCGCACU